AUGCAAUAAACAACAUCAAUUAGUAAAAGGAUUGCUACUUUAUUUCAUAAUAUAAAGGGAAUCUACAAGAAAGAUUCUUCAGCAACAUAAGUGGAGGGAUAGAAAGAAUUCUAAGAAUAUGUCGAUUAUUUAUUAGAAAGAGGGAUGAGAAUUAAUAAUUUGCGAUUGGCUUAAUUUAGAACAAGAAACAAUCUACCUUAUUUAGGAUUACAAACUAUUCAGAAAAUUGAAACUGAUUCAAUUCUUGUAUCCGUGCCAAGAGAAUUGAUGUUGACCACUAAAAUUGCAUAUUUUUCUGAUAUUCAAGAAAUCUUUGAUGCUUAUCCUUAAUUUUUUUGUUAGCAUUGUGCAGGAGGAUGGCAGGAUAGAAUCCUACUCACAUAUAUAUUAUACCAAUCUUAAUUAGGGAGAUAAUCAUAAUGGUAUCAUUUAAUUUCUAACUUACCAAAAGAUAUAGACUACUUGAUAUUUUGGUCUGAGUAGGAACUAAAAUUAUUGAAUGAUGAAAAACUUAUUUUGAAAGCCAAGAGAGAUUUGCAAGAUUUCUUAUUGAUCUAAAAAACAUUAACGCAUAUUUUGGAUCAGUUUCCUUAACAUUUUUAAAAAGAAACUUAUAGUUUUGAAAAUAUCAAGUGGAUAUUCAUACAUUUGGUAAGUAGAUGUUUUGGAUCCACUUUAGAACAAGUAGCUUUUGUUCCAUUUUGUGAAAUGUUUAAUCAUGAGAAUACUGAUGUGAGAUACAAAGGUUUAUAUUUAGAAAGUAACAUCAAUAAACCCAAAGAUGAUAAGGAAUCAGAUACUAAUGAAUCAGAUGAGUCAGAUGGUGAUAGCGAUUCAUAUGAGUAAGAAGAUUACUAAUACCCAUUUGAAAUUUAAGAGCAAAUCAAAAUUUACAAAUAGAAGACCCCAACCUAUAAACUAAUUGAGUAAGAGUUAACCGUGUAUUAAAAUUAAGUGGACUAUUAAGAUCCUGAUGCAAUAACAAAAUUGAGACUUUAUCAAGAAAAAUGCAAUAAUAGAAUAGAAUUAUAAAUUUUAUAUUUGAAGAAUAAAAGAUGGUUUUAGGAAAACUUAAAUUUAAGAGACAAUUUUACAAUCAUAUUUGUUUCUAAGACUUUAGAGUAUAUCCAGGACUAAAUUAAAUUAUAUGAAGUCGAUGCUUUGUCUUAUGAAUAGGUGUCAGCUAUCAUCUAAAAUGUAACAUAGAAUUCAGAACUGUAUUUAGAAAAAGUAAAAGAAUAUGCUUAUUAAAAACUCAAAGAAAAAAAUUAUUAACUCAAGUAAUUUGAAAUUCCAGAAUAACCAUCAGCAAUAGAAACUGUUGAUGAGAUGUUAGAAGUGGGUAUUCCUGAAAAUGUCAAGCCUUUUGAAGCUAAAGUGGAUUGGAAAGAGGAUUAAUUUGAUAAUUUUGUAAUAAAAUGUUCAAGCAAAGAUGAAUUUGAAAAAGAUGCUUAAGCAUACUUUUCGUAUGGAACAAUCUCUAAUAGAUCGUUGUUAUUACGAUACGGGUUUACUCUAGAAUACAAUAUAUACGAUUAUGUGGAAGUGAAAUCAUAAUAUAUUUAAUACAUACCAUAUGCAAGUGAUAUUGCAGAAUACUUCCAAUUGUCCAAGUACAUGAAAUUCAAAAUUAAGUAUACUAGAAUCAACGAUGAUUUAUUAAUGUAUUUUAAAAUGCUAAACUGGUAAUAUGACUAAGGCAUUUCAUAUCUAUUUGAUGAUAUUUAUGAUAGUGUAAUUAUCAAUUAAGCUUACAAUUUAAUUGAAACAUAUCAUUCAGAUCAUUAUAAAGAAACCCUAAAAAGUUAAAAAGAAAAACUUACAGAUUCAAAAUUAAAUUAUCAUGAUUAUUUCGCCUUAAUUUAUCAAAUUGAAAAAUAAAGAAUACUUGAGGCUUAAUUAGAGGCACUUUAGAUUUUGAAAUGUAAGAUAGAGAAAAAGGAGUAUGGCGAAUAAUAGUUUGAAUGGAGUUCAUAUUUAGUAGAAAGGUUCAAAAAUUGA